GCUUCGCCUCCCGACUCUCUCUCUCUCUCUCUCUCUCUCCCUGCGCCUCUCUCGGUACUCCUUCCUUUUCUCUCUGUUUUCUCCGUCAACCACGACCUUCGCAACCAAUACCAGCUCGCCGUGAAUCGCCAUGUCUGCUCUCAACGAUCUCAUCAACCUCAACCUCUCCGACACCACCGACAAGAUCAUCGCCGAGUACAUAUGGAUCGGCGGUUCGGGCAUCGACCUGCGAAGCAAGGCCAGGACGCUGGCGGGUCCGGUGACCGACCCGGCCAAGCUGCCGAAGUGGAACUACGACGGCUCGAGCACGGACCAGGCCCCUGGCGACGACAGUGAAGUCAUCCUGUACCCACAGGCGGUGUUCAAGGAUCCCUUCAGAAGAGGAGACAAUAUCUUGGUCAUGUGCGAUGCCUACACGCCCGCCGGCGAGCCGAUCCCGACCAACAAGAGGUUCGACGCCGCCAAGGUCUUCAGUCACCCCGACGUCGUCGCCGAAGAGCCCUGGUACGGCAUCGAGCAGGAGUACACGCUCCUUCAGAAGGACGUCCACUGGCCUCUCGGGUGGCCGGUGGGCGGUUUCCCUGGACCUCAGGGACCAUACUAUUGCGGAGUGGGAGCGGACAAGGCGUUUGGCCGGGACAUAGUGGACUCUCACUACAAGGCCUGCUUGUAUGCCGGAAUCAACAUCAGCGGGAUCAACGGCGAAGUCAUGCCGGGUCAAUGGGAGUUCCAAGUGGGCCCUUCGGUCGGCAUUUCCGCCGGAGACCAAAUAUGGGUCGCCCGUUACAUUCUCGAGAGGAUCACAGAAAUUGCUGGGGUGGUCCUCACUUUCGACCCGAAACCGAUCAAGGGUGACUGGAACGGUGCCGGAGCUCACACUAACUACAGCACCAAGUCGAUGAGGGAGGAUGGCGGCUUCGACGUGAUCAAGAAGGCGAUCGAGAAGCUGGGAUUGCGCCACAAGCAUCACAUUGCCGCCUACGGAGAGGGCAACGAGAGGAGGCUGACGGGCCGUCACGAGACGGCGGACAUCAACACCUUCUCUUGGGGUGUUGCGAACCGAGGGGCAUCCGUCCGCGUGGGCCGCGAUACCGAGAAGGAAGGCAAAGGCUAUUUUGAAGACAGAAGGCCUGCAUCAAACAUGGACCCGUACGUUGUCACCUCCAUGAUCGCCGAGACGACCAUUCUAUGGAAACCUUAGGGUUUCAAAAGCGGCAUCGGGAGAUCAUAUAUUUUCUUGAUUAUGUCGUCGUAAAUAAAGGAAGGAACUGUCUCUCGCUCUGUCUUUCUGUCUUUGUUUUAUGUUGCAGUCAGGUCUGUUUUUAUGGCGUCGAUUCAUGAGACUCCGAUGUCUUCUUGGUAGUUGCUUUUUUCUGUUUGAUUGAAAUCAACUUUGUUGACUAUAUAUUUAUAUAUAUAGCCAAUGGUGCGUCCAUUGUUCA